GCCAACACCAUUGAGCGGCACGGUUCGCUAAAAUUGGUGUCCGCUGCAUGCGAGUCUGUGCGUCUGUGUGUGUCUGUGGAGCAAACAAGUUCUUGGGAGCAACGUACGAAAUCAAAGUCUUAUGCAUUCUUCUCUUCAAGUGAUUCGCAUUCGGAUUCCAAGACACAACCAUGCAGAUGGUACGAAUUUCACUAAUCGCUGUAGUUGGUCUCAGCGCUGUUUUGGUAUUAAUUCAUUUAGCGGUACCCGAAACUGAAACUUACCAGCCCAACCAUUGCGAUUAUCAGCUAGUUAAAUCGAACAAGUAUUUGGAUUACCCAUUUUGGAAAAUGUUCUUCAACCAUUUGGUACCCUUUAAGGGUAGUGCAAGCGUGAAAAUGCAAUUCUUUCUAUUCAAACGAGACUUUCCCCAUUGCGGUAGAGAGCUGUUUCCCGAUGGCGAUGAACAGGCCUUGAUGCGUUCCGGUUUCGAUGCACGUCAUCCCACUAGAAUUAUUAUACACGGCUGGAUGAGUCAGGGUAAGGGUUCACUGAAUCGGGAUGUGAAAGCCGCCUAUCUCAGUCUGACCUAUCCCAGACCCAAGCCACAAACCGAUAAUAAUGACACAAAUGGUGAAGCCCCGAUGGAAAGUCCCCUCUAUGAGGAUUUCAAUAUUAUUAUCUGUGACUGGAGCAAAAUAUCAUCGAAUGUAAACUACUUUAGUGUCGCCGAUAUGAUCGAAGGUCUGGGCUUUCUGCUGGCCGAGUUUGUGCGUCAUUUGCACGUGAGUGCGAAACUGAACUUCGAUGAUGUCUACGUCAUUGGCCACUCUCUGGGUGCACAGAUUGCCGGCAGUGCUGGCAAACAGAUCAGACCCUUUCGCUUUAACACGAUAUUUGCCCUGGAUCCGGCGGGUCCCAAGUUUCGGGAGCAGACCGAUGAGUGUCGGAUCGAUGCCAGUGACGCCACCUAUGUGGAGUCCAUACACACUAGCACUGGACUUGGCUUCGAGGAACCCGUGGGUCAUGCCGCAUUCUAUCCCAACUAUGGCAAGGAUCAGAAAAAGUGCUAUGUGUACGGGUGUUCACAUAGGCGUGCCCAUGACUACUUUGCCGAGUCCAUCAAUAGCACCAAGGGUUUCUGGGGCGUUCGCUGUGAGCGCAUGUCCAAAAAGUCAUGGGUACUGCUCGACUUCGAUGGUGAGUUUCGCAUGGGCGGUGAGCCCUCUGAUCCCAAGAAUGGCACUUUCUACGUGAAGACCUAUGACGAGAAGCCGUAUGCCAUGGGAAGGAAACAGCAACAGGCGGAAUCUCCUAUGGGGGUGGAGAGAACCACUGAGGUGUAUCAUUAAGAGCAGAUAAUGCUAAAUUGUAAAUUUAUAAAUUUAUGUACAAACAAGAGAGAGAAACUUAUAUUUCUAGCCUAACUACGGUAAAAGUUCUCUAAAACUAUUCAAUUAUUUAGCUUGCUGUAAAAAAUUUAAUUUUAUAUUGCAACAAUACGUGUUAAGUCUAACAAAGUAUGUUUUUUGACAAGUUCGAAACAAAAACUAAAAAAUCCUAU